AUGUCUUCCGGGAAGACACAGUCAAACUCACAGGAUUUCUCGUCUCACCGCAGGAACCCUGAACUGUCUAAAGACCCAGCCUUGCAGCAACAAUCAGGACUUCUGUCCACUCUCAUUGAGUCAGUGCAGACGCCAAUCUUCCAACCUAGCGCUUUCCCCAACUCGGCCUCCACUUGGCCCUUUAAUACCAACCCUGUGCCGACCCAAGAAUCUACUUCUUUAUCACCGGCGGUUUUCCCUAUUUCACCUCAUCCACCGGACUCCACUACUUCCCUACCCUCUAACUCUAGUCUUCCUGAUUCAUUCUAUGAUCAUCUGGAUCGUUCUUACUCAGAACCUUCUUACCCUGAGCCUUCAUACUUAGAUCAAUAUCCUGAUCAUAGUACGGCAUCGUCUUUCGACGACACCAGUUGCAAGGAGCAAUUACCCACUGAUCAUCCACGCGGCCUUGGAAUUACACCAUUCCCUAUGUCUGUAGCAUCAGACUCAUACUUCGCUGGCCCAAUGCAGCCAAACUCUCACCAAUAUGUCUGGGCUAACCGCCCCUUUCAACCAUUACAAGCACCACCGGCGCAUAUGAACCAACAGUUCCCACCGCCGCAGUCGUACCCUUCAUCAGGGUUCCAUGUUGGCUAUGGAAGCCAUCAAAACGGGCAAAUGCCUGGAUACCAUCACGAUUCUCCUGCACCAUCUUCUUAUCUUCCUGGGGCGCCUGGUAGCGCUCGCCAUACCCUCUCACGCAGUCCUUCCGUGGCUCGUUCAUUUCCCCCUCAUUCGGCUGCUGGCAUGUCCGAACAACCUCUCAUGGCCUCAUCUUCUCACCCCUCUUCUAUGAGUUCGCAAACAUCUUCAAUGGUCGCUGAAUCCGUCUUCUCCCCAUCCGACUCUGUACCCGGAUCAGAAAAUGACAAUCAGCUUCGUCUAAUGAACUCUGCUGCCGCGAGACCUCGACCACAAUGUUGGGACCAUGGCUGCAAUGGUCGCGAGUUCUCGACAUUUAGCAACCUUUUACGACACCAACGCGAAAAGUCCGGCGUAGUAGCCAAGGCUGAGUGUCCCAUCUGCGGAGCAGUGUUCACUCGUACGACUGCACGAAACAUUCAUGUGGCUCAGGGCAAAUGCAAAGGUGCGGGCCGGGAACCAUCAUCGGAGUAG